AUGCCCGGCUUUCGAUUUCCGAGGAGGAGAGAGGUUCAGGAGGCAACGGCCGUUUUUGGCCGUGAGGACAGCGACAGUGGCGGAACCCAGGAAGAAGAAGUCUUUGAAGCGAGACUGCAAGAGCUCGAAACCAGAGACACCCUGGAACGAGAGGACGUGAAACCUUCCCGUUGCUCGAGGACCCUCAAACUCUUGCCACUGCUCUCUCUGCAGCUAUUUGCUUGCUUUUCUCUCGCCUUCACCGCACCUUACAUUCCACGUCUGGCUUUAGAAAAUCGUUUGGAGAGAUGGCAAUUUACCAUCAUGGCGUCCAGUUCAAAAGUUACAAUGCUGCUGGGUACGCUACUUAACAUUGUUGUCAUACAGCGGUUGAAACCUCACAUCACGCUGGUACUGGCACUGAUUGGGAUGAUCGCCUCCAUGGGAUUCUAUGGAUGCGUGUACUGGGUUCACGAUGUGAACGCUUUCGUCGGAGCUACAUCUCUCAUUGGAAUACUCUUCGGCUUCGUCCAGGCAUUUUUCAUCGUGACUCUGUACGCCACGGCCACUUAUAAGAACCAGCAGAGUUGCGGCAUCAUCAUUUCGGCGUUUGAGUUUUUAUACGGAGCGUGCACGUCCAUUGGCUCUUUGAGCGGCAUCGCCCUGAUCGAUUUGUGGGCGCAUCCUGUUCCUUACUUCAUUACCGCAGGACUGAUGCUUCUCGGUCUUUUGAUUCUAAUAUUCGCAUCGCCGGGAAAAUCUUUUGCCGUUCCCAAAGACCAGGCCGAUCAGAACUCGUUUCGUCUGCUCGGCAAUGCUCCCAUGAUCGGGAAUAUUUUGAACGUAACUAUCAUCAUGGCUGCUCUGGGAUUUCACGACGGAACCUUGGAAAUUCACCUCAAGGAGGAAGAGUUCCGUCUCCCUGAUGAAGAAGUUGGAGCGGUUUUUACAGUGUUGCACAUAUUCUAUGCAGUUGGCGCUUUAUUCUGGGGAUACGUAUUCUCGUAUCGAUUGGAAAAAGAACAUACGUCUGCCUUUCUUGGCUUUGUAAUGGUGGCCGUCGCGUUCCUUAUCCUAGGUCCGGCACCAUUUCUGCCUUUUCCCCCACACAUGUGGCUCAUUUACAUAUCGCAAGUACUGACCGGCCUGGGAGCAUCGGCAGUCAUCAUUUGCAGUUUUAGUCUUUCCAUUAAGAAAUCAAUUGAAAGAGGUUUUCCUGACAACAUGUGGACCUACGGAUCAGUGUGCGGCUUUCUCUUCUUUGCCAUUGUUUUAGGGUCAUCGAUUUCACCGCCGCUGAGUCGAUAUAUCAUGGACACUAUCGGAUACGGCAACGCUACGAUGGUGCUGCUGGCGUUCCUCUGUUUCUGCGUCCUCCUGAGCUUUAUAUCCUGCGUCAGCAAUUCAAGGCGACGGGGCAGAAUCCUGCAACACUCGACGCCCAAAGGAGUGUACCAUAAAAGGGAGGAUCCAUGA